UGAAAAAUCAUCGGUCAGGCAGCAACGUUGUUGACGGCGACUAGUUUAGGUAAAACUCAAAUCGCAAACGCACAGCAACGGCGACGGCAACAACUACCAAGCGAGCAAGCACGGCAAACAGCGCACAGUUCAAUACAGGCGCACAUACCUCUGAGUGAACAGUGUGAAGGCGCUGUUGUCGCUGAAAUAAAAGAAAAGCGAGACAACAACGACAACGAAGUGAACCACAAAAAGGAAAUGACGAUAAAACGAGAAAAAGAAUUCUGUCGAUUUUUAUUCGUCGCUCGCGUAGACUGCGAAACUUGAAAGUGAAUUGAAAAUUAUUUUUACUGUCAGUGGCGUAAAGGAGGUGAUUUCGAAGAUAAAGUGUAGUUUUCCAGGCGCAAAGGAGCCACUAUUGACGUAUUUUGAAUUGAGCCAUUACGACUCAUCCACCACCACCACAAAUACCAUUGUCAUUAUCAUCACUACCACAGUUGCGUGUGGUACCAACACCAGCAACAAGCAACCACCAGUGCAACCACUGUUUCGCUAACCAGCAUUGCCAUCGAUCGAUCCAUCUGCCAGCAACAGAAAUAGCAACGGGCUCAUACAUUUAUCAGAGAGUGUACAUUUAAAAUUGUCAGCGUGAUCACCACAAUAAACACAUCUGUCUUCAAUAUGACAAGCAACAAGGACACUGCGUCGUUCUUCGAGAACGGGACAACGCAUCAAUUCGAAUACUGUUACAAACUUUAUCCACAAGUGCUGAAGCUAAAGGCAGAGAAGCGCGGUAAAAAGCCUCAAGAGUUAAUUCGUUUGGACGAAUGGUAUCAAAAUGAAUUGCCAAAGUUAAUUAAAGGACGAGGGAAGGAUGCGCAUAUGGUGUACGAUGAAUUGGUACAGACCAUGAAAUGGAAACAGUCUCGUGGUAAAUUUUAUCCACAACUUUCGUACCUGGUAAAGGUAAACACACCCCGUGCUGUUAUGCAGGAGACAAAGAAAGCUUUCCGUAAACUGCCUAAUCUAGAACAGGCCAUAACGGCGCUAUCAAAUCUGAAAGGUGUCGGCACUACUAUGGCUUCGGCGCUUUUAGCGGCUGCUGCUCCCGAUUCAGCACCGUUUAUGGCAGAUGAGUGCCUAAUGGCCAUUCCAGAAAUCGAGGGUAUCGAUUAUACCACCAAGGAGUACCUCAACUUUGUGCAACACAUCCAAAAUACUGUUGCACGCCUGAAUACAGAGGCUGGCGGAGAAACACCACAUUGGUCUCCCCAUCGUGUAGAGUUGGCGCUCUGGGCACACUAUGUGGCAAACGACUUGAGUCCGGAACUACUGGAUGAGAUGCCUGGACCAGGUGCCGGCAUUGGUGCAAAUACCAAUGGUAGCACAGUUAAGACAGCUAAGGUUCUUGUUGGUGAAGAUACCAAUGAUGGAGAUGAAGAGAGCUUAGGCGCAGCUGACAAUGAACACAUUAAUCCAACACCGAUUGCGACAGUGCCGGCUGCCUUGCAGGAUGGCGACUCAAACUUUGUAUCGAACGACUCCACCUCACAAGAACCCAUCAUUGAUGAGAAUACAACCCAGACCACAGCUACAACCUCAACCGAUGACGGAGAAGUGGGCACACCGCUCGCAUCCGAUUCAGAGAGCAACUUGGAGGCACCCGAAAAGGCUAAACUUAAACUUAAUAAUAGCAACAAUAGCAUGAAUGCGAAUACAAAUAGUAAUAGCGACAUUGUAGGCAUUGACCAUAGUGUCAGCGACAACAGCAACAACUGCAGGCAGAAAGCUGUAGUCGAUGCAUUAGUUGGUAAUAGCAAUGGUAAUGGUAACGGUACUUUAGUGUCUUUGGGAGCAACCGGUAGCGAUGGAGAGAACAGCAGUUGUCUACGCUCAACGGGCAACGAAGAGGCAAGCGAGGAGGACGAUAUCGAUGCAGAGGAUGACAGCAGCAACAGCCUUCACAUCGACCAGAACCACAAAUCGAUAACUCCAUUGUUUGGUGGCAAUUUGAACGAUUCGACAAAUUACACAAACGCCAACGCCAGCGAUUCUAACAACGAUUCCACGCUCAGCAGCGCUGCCGGUGUCGUGGCGCAAAAGCGUGCACUGCAUUGUGACGGCGCCAGUGAUGGCGAGCGUAUUUUUACGGCGGAUGAUGCUAACAGUCAGCCAGAGCCGAAGAAGAUACGGAGUGAUUAAGUAGAAGAUGCUGUGCAAAUGUUUGCGAACGGGCUAGACGGGGGAUAGCGGUUUAAUUAGGGCGUAAUUAAAGAAAAAUAUAGCAUAUAAGGAGCGAACGCGCUGGCCGGUGGGCAGGUGAAAAGACACAUACCACAUACCUAACAAUAAUAACACUACAACGUGCCGCAUUUUAUUUAGAAAUAUGGGCGAAACAGCGCGUGUAGCAUUGCAGGAUCACAUUAAUUCUAUAAUUUUAAGUGAAAUUUUUACGGUUAAUACCUUAACUAAAACACAAAUGUAUCAAGAAAGUAAACUAGAAAUAGGCGAGCGAGCGAAAAAUGCAAAGAAAGCGUAUGCGACUAGCAAGCGUUUAAGUAUUCCAAAUAGUUGAAAUAGAAAUUGUCAUGGACGCCAGUGGGCCGACUUGACGAAAACUCCACAUGCAGCGUACACGCAGAAAUGCUGUUGUGUAGUUGUAACAAAUGCCUUGAAACCGUACAGCGUCCAGAAAUUGCAUGCAAUCGCUUGUAUGCUUUCUGUUUCCAGCAGCUGUAAAAUUUGCAUUUUGUUGCCGAUUCUAAUUUACCCUUCAUACACAAGUAAUUUUAUUUUUAUUUUUUAUUACAUUUUUCUAAUUGAGUAUGUUCCAGCUAUUUAUCAAUAAAUAAGAAAAGCUUCAAAAUUAAUACUGUCUUGAAAGCGAAAAAAAUAUAUAAUUUUAGUUUAAUAAUAUUUUUUACAUAGUUUACUUUACCAUUAUAGCGUAUUUAUUUCUGCAUUUUUUCCACAAAAGAGACAACUUCAAAACAAUACUUUAAUUAAAGAACUAGCAAAAAAAAAACAUUACGUACACGUUUAUUAAUUUACGCUAAAUGUAAAACAAAUAAGCAAAUACAUGAAUAUACAAUACUUACAAAAACAAAACAUAAUACUAAUAUAAUGAAAGUUGAGAGGAAAUGUGAGUAAAUGGAAAAGUAUAACGAUAAAAUUAUUGAGCUAAAGCCUUGAGCAAACAUAACACGAAAUUAUAAUUAUUAAAAUAAUAAAAAUACAGUAAGUAAUGCAA